AUGAACUUCUACGCCAACCAUCAACUGGACCACGAGAAGCCCGUCCAGGCGCCCGCUAUACAGGUCGAGGAUUCAAAAAAGCUACCAAGCGUUGGCCACCCCUGUUCUCAGCCGCCCAAACCCUCUUUUUCGUCUGCCCUGCCUAACGACCGAAAUGAAGCAGCUGCUCACCCCCGCACCUCUGCCUCCAUCAGCAACAGGAUCCAGAGCUUCACUCACCUCGCCUCCAAAUUCGAGUCGAAUCAGACGCCCAAACAAAGGCCCACCUUCUCCCAUCCGAAGCCGUCCGAUAAGCCUCCUAACGCCAACUUGGCAAAGCCACCGGCGCAACCUAAAUCUCUCACAUCCGCGCCGGCUCAACCCGCACCUCCCCAGGACGCUCCAACUCCGACUGUGGACGCCCCUCAGGCUCUCUCGUCGCAGCCGAAAUACCACAAAGUAAGCGAUAUGAUCAGCAAGUUCGAUAAAAUCUCACUCUCUGGCGACAACAACACAAAAGAGCCAUUGAGACAAAAACCCACGCGCAUCCCCUCCGACCGCGUAAGUAAACAAGCCAUCUUUGGCAAUGCCCCCGCCGCGGCCCAGCCUCUCUCUACGCCCGUGUCCCAGCCACCCCCACCGUCUACACGCAAACCGUAUGCUUCAUCUCAAUCACUCGCACCUACAUCCCAGCCACCCCCAUCGUCUACACACAAACCGUAUGCGUCAUCUCAACCACCUAUACCUACGUCCCAGCCACCUAUGUAUAUACCUCGACCACCUACAUAUACACCUCAGCUGCCCCCACCUGCGUCUCAGCCGCCCCCACCUGCGUCUCAGCCGCCCCCACCUGCGUCUCAGCCGCCCCCAUCUGCACACAAACCACCCAUAACUGCAUCUCAGCCACCCACGCCCAGACCUCAGCCACCCGCACCCGCGUCUCAGCCGCCUAUUCCCGCAACUCAGCCGCCUACAUACACGCCUCAGCUACCCCCACCUGCGUCUCAGCCGCCCCCAUCUGCACACAAACCACCCGUACCAUCUCAGCCACCCAUACCUACACCUCAGCCGCCUACGCCCGCAGCUCAGCCGCCUACAUACACGCCUCAGCUGCCCCCACCUACGUCUCAGCCGCCCCCAUCUGUACACAAACCACCCGUACCAUCUCAGCCACCUAUACCUGCGUCCCAGCCACCUCUGUACACACCUCAGCCACCUACAUACACACCUCAGCUGCCCCCACCUACAUCUCAGCCACCUCCAUCUACACACAGGCCACUCAUGUCUAUGUCUCAGCCACCUGCGCCUACAUCUCAGCCACCCCCAUCCGUGCGUAGGCCGUCCUUGCCCGCAUCCCGGCCACCUAUACCCACGUCCCAGCCGCCUGUGCCUGCAUCUCAGCCGCCUCUACCCACACGUACUAAGCCGCCUCUACCUGUGCGCAAUCCGCCUCAACCUGCAUCUGAGCCAAUCGUACCUCAACAACCCCCUCAACACAUACCCCCCCCACCUCAACACAUACCCCCCCCACCACCGCAUGUCAUGCCCUCAUUCAAACACCAACUAUUUCCGUCUCCUCGUCAGCCAUCUCUACCCUCAUCUCAGCCACCCUCCUCUGUACCUCAAUCACAUGCCAAACCACCCUUACCUGCUUCUCAGCCAUCUAUGCCUAAACUCCCACCCUCGCUCAAGUCGUCUCAGCCCUCAUCUCUACCCCCUCCGUCUCAGCAACCUAGCACCCCCUCUGACCUGCCACCACCUCCCACCUAUCAACCACCUCUACCCAAAAUCUCAACUGUAGCCUCGGUCACCUCUCAGUCUCUUUCCAAAACCUCAUCUGCCCCCAACUUCCCAUCACCAUCCUUCUCAUCUCAACCACCCUCGCUCCCUUCUCAAUCACAUCCACGCAACUCUUCGCCGCCAUCUUGCAGACUCCCACUCCCAUCUUUCCCCCCGUCUUCAUCCGUCUUCUACCAGCCGUCGUUCACAACCUCUGUCGCGCCUCCCUCUUCAGGCCACCAUCCACCCCCUUCUAAAUCAUCUCCGUCACCGUCCUCCUUAUCAAAAUCCUCGUCUCAAUCAUCGAUCCCACCCUCAUCAACAACUCAAUUCCCCUUCUUGGAGGACCAUUCGUUCCUAUCUAAACUACCUGUCACUAGCUUCCAAUUACCUCCCAACUACGUCCCUCCCCCCCCCUCGAGCGUCUCCACCCCCUCGCACAACUCUGCAACCUCCCAUGAAAAGGUUCGUGCCACCCUCAGCAUCAACCCCGAAAGACCCGGUGACCUGGCUUUCUCUGCCGGGGAUAUCAUCGAAGUCGUAGAAAAACACCCCUCCGGUUGGUGGGUCGGUAAAAUCAACGAACGCACCGGAACAUUCCCCUUCACUUAUACUGAACCCAUUUGACAUCCUACACAAACUCUUCUCCACCCCACAUCACCCACCAAACAAAAAAAAAAACCAAAACUCGAAAGCAAUUCACUCCUCGCGCACCCAACCAUUUUAUUUAUCUAAACUGAAUUCGGUCUAAUAAAAAUCGGCUACUCCUCUCUA